AUGAGCAGCGAAUUGGAGCAGCUUCCAUUGAAUGUAAUCAUAAGCAUGAGCAAAUACUUGGAUAUCGCUGGCAUAUCACAGCUCUCUCAAGUCAGCAGAACCUUACGCAACUCAAUCACGCCCUUUUACGCUGGUCGUCUGGAAGGUGCUAGGAUUGGGACAAGCAUAAAAUCACAAAUAGCUCAUAUUCCAAGCUGUCAAGUAUCGAUACCUUCAAUCCCAACUCAGGGUUCUUUCAGCAAUGUCGUUGUCAACCUCAAUACAUCCGAUGCUUAUCUUCUCGAGAGCAUUCUCGAUAAUCUUUCUAAGCUGCCUGAUUUGGCUGAGCUCACGAUAUGCACUAGUCAUUCUGUAAUCACUAUCCUCCACCUCGCAUCGCGAAUGAUAGAUUUAAACAGAUUGCAGCUAAAAAUUGUUGCUCAAGGAGCUGGUAUUGCUCAUCUCACCGAUCCUCUAAUUGGCAACUUAUAUCAACAACUUGUCUUGACUUUCACUAGAUUUUACAGUGCCAGCGGGCUAAUAGACUCCAUGCGCAACUACUUUUAUAACAUUAGACCCUUCUGUCUGGUCAAUUAUGCAAUUGAAGGUGUCUCAGUUCAAUUUUGUCAUAAACUGGUAAAUUACGCUCCGAGUCAGACCGGGAGAGGAACAUUGAAUCAUAAGCGGAUGGGCAGUAACUCAAUUGUUUACUUCAGAGAUGACAGGAAGAGGCUUCGAGCUUUGUGA